CAUGCAUGCACACGAAGGAGGUGCAAGAAAAUGUCGACAUCGCCGAUCUCUUCGCCGCCACGCCCAAAAUACCUGCAAGAGGAAGAGGCAUCGAGCCAAGAAUUCAAGAGCUUCAUUUCGACUCUACCCCGACAAAAAGGAUGGGUAGUAUCGAACAUUUACCAGUAUCAAGGUUUCUGGUACGCCGCCAAUCAUCUCCAGGGCCUGUUUUCCUGUCAUAAAAACUUCAAUCCCGAAGAUUCCGACAUCUUCCUCGUCACCACUCCCAAAUCAGGCACCACAUGGCUGAAAGCCCUAAUCUUCACUUUAUUGAACCGCCAUCGCCACCCUGUCGGCGAAUCCCAUCCUCUCUGCAAUUCCAGCCCUCACGACCUCGUCCCCUUCCUCGAAAUCAAUCUCUACGCCGACAGCCAAAACCCUAAUCUCGCCUUCUUACACACUCCCAGGCUCUUCUCCUCGCACAUUCCCUACAGCUGCCUGCCCGAGCCCGUCAGAAAUCGCUGUAAAAUCGUGUACCUUUGCAGGAACCCUAAGGACACGUUCGUGUCCCUUUGGCACUUCACCAACAAGCUGAGGCUGCAAGAAAUGGGCGCGAAUUCGAUGUCACAGGUUUUCGAUUUGUUCUGCAAUGGAGUCAGCCUGUACGGCCCCUUCUGGGAUCAUAUUCUGGAGUAUUGGCAAGGGAGCAAGGAGAAUCCUGAGAGUCUGCUUUUUCUGACAUUCGAAGGCUUGAAAGAUAGGCCUGGAUUUCAUCUCCGGCACCUGGCGGAGUUCCUCGGCCGGCCGUUGUCGUCGGAGGAAGAGGAAUCAGGCCUGGCGGAGGAAAUCCUGGAAUUCUGCAGCUUUCAGAAUCUCAGCGCCACGGAAAUCAACAGGAAUGGGAAACUCUCGUCGGGGGAGGUCAACUGUGCGUUUUUCCGGCGGGGCGAAACCGGAGACUGGAAGAAUCAUCUGUCCGAUGAAAUGGUCCAACGGUUAGAUCGAAUUACUGAGCAGAAGUUCAGUGGGUCGGGGCUGGUGCUCUAAUAUUGUUCUUAUUUCUUGUGUUAUUAAUAAAUAAAAAAAACACUCAUAUAUAUAUUUUGUUUUGUAUUAUAUUGUAUGUGCUUGCUUCUGGUAAUUGGCUUUUGAUGGUAGUGGCAUCUUUUUUUGUCCGGAGAGUACAAUAUGUUGAAAUUCUUCUACUCGUUCGACAAUAUUUGUCAUCUACCAUCACAUUACCUAAUAUAGUAUUUCUUG